UUCGGUGCGACGGUACGUCCGAAUGAGGGUCUUCCGGAGCUGGUGAGAUAAUUUCCGGAAGCACAAUCCCCUUUUAAUCUACCAAUAGAGACCAGUUUACGUUUAAAAAGAUCUCUAUUGGCAAUUGAUCUUGCAAUUAUAUCCCUUAGUAAACAUGUCAGUGCCAACUGAACUCAACCAAAUUCAGGUUAAUAAAAAUCCCCUUGCUGAGGUAAAUUUCGAAUGGGAUAAACCGGAUUCUACUUUCAAAUUUGCAACUGUCAAGUAUAAUGAAUCGGAUUUGAAACAGGGAUUUGUUUUAGUCAAAGUCUUGUACUUGUCUAAUGAUCCUGCUCAAAAAGGAUGGAUGCAAAAAGGAGUGGAUCCUCGUAGAACGUAUAUUUCUCCAGUGUUAGAAGGAGACCCAGUUCGUUCACUUGGAAUUGGUGAAGUUGUCGAAUCGAAUUCGCAUAAGUUUGCUAAAGGUGAUAUCGUAUCGUGUUCAUGCAGCUGGUCUGAUUAUGCAAUUGUGGAUCAACAAUCUAUCUUCACUAAAAUCGAUACUUCUUCUGGUCUCCCCGUCCCAGUUUAUUUAAGUAGUCUUGGAUUGACUGGGUUAACUGCAUACUUUGGUUUAACCGAAGUUGGUCAAUUCAAAGAAGGUCAAACCUUGGUGGUUUCUGCUGCUAGUGGUGCCACCGGCUCCAUGGUGGUUCAAAUUGCUAAGCAUCUCUUAAAAGCUGGUAAGGUGAUUGGUAUCACUGGUUCACCAGAAAAAGCCAAUUACGUUAAGUCUUUGGGUGCUGAUCUCGCCGUUGAUUACCACGACGAAACCUGGAAGCAGCAACUCGGUGAAUACCUCGGCGACGAUUUUGCUGAUGUUUAUUUCGAUAACGUCGGUGGUGAAAUCCUAAGUUUUAUGUUGAAAAACGUAAAAUCUUUCGGGACCGUUGUUUCCUGCGGAUCCAUUUCUGGCUAUAUCGAUCGAACCAAAGGCUUGGUGGACAAUUGGACCCAGAUCACAGUCAACAGCUUGACCGUGAAAGGCUUUGUGGUAAUCAAUUACCGAAAUCAAUUCCCACAAGCAGUCCAUGCCAUUGUCGAAGGGAUCAAACUGGGUAAAAUUAAGGUCACCGAAGGCUACACCAUAGAAGAUCUUUCCAACGACCCCGACACCCUUUUGAAAGUGCCACGGGUCUGGAACAAGCUCUUCACCAAUGAAAAACCAAACGGUAAGUUGAUCACCAAGGUAUAAUCUACGUCAGGAUUUCGGAGUUGAUCUUAACUCCCCUAAAGCCCGCCGUAUUUUUUGCCCGCAGCUCAACGG